AUGUCCUUUUGGGAUGUUGCCAGAUCUUCCUUGGACUUCCAAGGGUCCCUUCCAAAUCUGAAUUGCGCCGUUCCUCUCUUUAACCUCAUUAGUCACACCCAAGGGGUUGUCCUCGGGUUUCAGGCCAUCCAUGGUCGGGUCUCGAGGGGCGCCUGCUGUAGUGAGGAAUCCGCCCCAUCCCCAAGCCUUCGGCCCCUCAGGGUGCAGCCCCGGGCCGGGGAGUGGUGGGCAGUAGAGAGUAUCACCCCCAACCCUCAAUCCCAGCCCUCCCCUGCCAGGAACCAGUGGCCGCCACAGAAGCAGCCACAUCCCUCCCCUCCGCCUACCCGCCCCCUCUUCCUCUCUUCCCUACUCCAGACGGCCGCGCCCCUCACCCUGCUCCCCGGCAAACCACGCCCCUAUAGAGGGAGGCCGAGGCCCGGCGGCGGCGGCCGUAGCCGUUCACCCAGGCUCCGCCUUCCGCGGCUGACAGCCGGGCCAGGCCGGGGCGGGGGCGGGUCGGUAACGGAAGGAGCAGAGACCUCGCCCUCUUCCUCUCCCCCGCAGGCCGUGGGGGGUCGGGGAGGGGCCUGUUCCGAGCCGCUCCGAACUGGAGGCGCUGACCCUCAGUGGCAGGCCACUGGCCUUGCGAGCCCGUGGCCGCAGACCCACUCUGUGCCCGGCUAUGACCCCCCCCCCCUCCCGACCCUCUACGCAGCCCAGCACAGAGUAUCCCUGGGCGCGUCACUAGUCCAGAGGUACAAGAGUGGGGAGUCCCGAGAGCCCUCCACACGCGGACUCCGGGUGCCGGCCACUUCACCAGGGCUUUCGCCUUUAGAGCAAGCGAGACUUUCCUCCCCUGUGUUACCAAUUGGACAGGAAGCUAGCAGGAGAGGUGUCAAAAGCAAGAGGGAGGGACUGAAAAUCUUUCUCGAGAUUCUGGAGCUGGAAGGGGCCUCACCGGCCAUCCAGACCAACGCCCUCAUUUUGCAGGCUAGGAAACAGACUAAGGGUUCCCAGCUGGUGGAGGUGAAGUGGUUGUCCAGAGCCAUCCAGUUCACAGAAGAAAAGCUUGGUCAGGCAGAGAAGACGGAAUUGGAUGCUCACUUAGAGAACCUUCUUAGCAAAGCUGAAUGCACCAAACAAUGGACAGAAAAAAUGAUGAGGCAAACAGAGGUGCUAUUGCAGCCAAAUCCUAAUGCUAGAAUAGAAGAAUUUGUUUAUGAGAAAUUGGAUAGAAAAGCUCCAACUCGUAUAAACAACCAAGAACUCUUGGGGCAAUACAUGAUUGAUGCAGGGAAUGAGUUUGGCCCAGGAACUGCUUAUGGUAAUGCCCUCAUCAAAUGUGGAGAAACACAAAAACGAAUUGGAACAGCAGACAGAGAACUGGUUCAAACAGCUGCAAUAAACUUUCUUACGCCUUUAAGAAAUUUUAUAGAAGGAGAUUAUAAAACAAUUACUAAAGAAAGGAAACUACUGCAAAAUAAGAGGCUUGAUUUGGAUGCAGCAAAGACUAGACUGAAAAAGGCAAAAAUUGCAGAAACAAGAGCAUUACAACUAAAUUCGACUCAACCUGAAGGAGAUAACAUUAUGAUUUGGGCAGAGGAAGUGACAAAAUCUGAACAGGAAUUAAGAAUAACUCAGAGUGAAUUUGACCGCCAAGCAGAGAUUACCAGACUCCUUCUGGAAGGGAUCAGCAGCACACAUGCACAUCACCUUCGCUGCCUGAAUGACUUUGUGGAAGCCCAGAUGACUUACUAUGCUCAGUGCUACCAAUAUAUGCUGGACCUGCAGAAACAACUUGGAAGUUUUCCAUCUGUCUUCGUAUCUAACAAUAGUCAGUCUUCCACAACCUCUAUGUCAAAUAUCUCCACAUCAUCAUCUGGAAUUACCACCUCUCUAUUGCCUUCAACAAGUGGCACAGCUGUUACUCCUGCCAUCGGGGACUUGAAGGAAUCCAGUGGAAAUAGGAAAGCCAGGGUUCUCUAUGAUUACGAUGCUGCAAACAGUACUGAAUUGUCACUUCUAGCAGAUGAGGUGAUCACAGUAUACAGUAUCAUUGGCAUGGAUUCAGACUGGCUGAUGGGUGAAAGAGGAAAUCAAAAGGGCAAAGUACCAAUUACUUAUUUAGAACUGCUUAACUAAGUGGAAGACCUCUAUACAGACUACCAGUUAUGACACCAUAUUUAUAUAUGAUUAACUAUGUAAAGCAGGUUUAAGUGUCUUCCAUUUUAAUGUCUUAAAAAACUCAGAGACUACCAGCCAUCAGAACUAGGCUUUUCUGCCAAUAAUGUUGCAUGGUAAAUAUUUCAUUGCUUCAGAUUUGGUGUUAAGAGCUUUUUACUUCGUGCCAAGGAUGUUUUCUUACAGGAUACUUUGUUUCUACUGAAGUUUUCACUAACAAGCGGAUUCUACUUUUGAGUAAACUAGAUUGAAAGCAGGAGAACUGUUUUCUACUGAAUUUUUCACUAACGGCAAGCUUCUUUCUUUAUGUAAAAUAAAUUUAUUGUGAAUUGA